AUGGCUGACCCUGUUAUCGGUGCCGCAAGUCAGGUCACCUUGGAAAGGGCACUGUCUCUUGCCUCUGAUAGGAUUGGUUUGCUAGUUGGGUUCAAGAAGGAUGUGGCCAGCAUGACACGUUCUCUCCGCCUGAUCAAGGGUGUCUUGGCCGAUGCUGAAGCAAAGCAAAACCAGGAUGGAGCAGUGCAAGAAUGGUUGAAGAGUCUCGAGGAGGUUGCUUAUGAUGCUGACAAUGUGUUGGAUGAGCUCCACUAUGAAUCUCUUCGUCACCAGGUGGAGUCCCGAAACCGACACAAGCUCAAGGUAUGCUGCUUCUUCUCCUUCUCUAACAUUAAUCUUGCUUUACGUUGGAGAAUGGCUUCUAAGGUCAGGGACAUCAAACUUAAGUUGAAUGGCAUCUAUCAAGAUGCCCAAGGAUUGGGACUGGUCAGUAGGGCUGCUCCUGCUGUUGGAGACACGAGAGGUCGGCAGACCGACUCUGUUGUUGCUCCAAUGGUUGGAAGAGCCGAUGAUGAAUCAGAGAUAGUGAAGAUUUUGUUGAGCCUGUCUGAGAAGGUUGUUUCUGCUCUUCCCAUAGUUGGUAUGGGAGGUUUAGGCAAAACAACUUUGGCUAAAUCGAUAUACAACAAUCACCAAAUUGAUGGGCACUUUGACAAAAAGUUGUGGGUUUGUGUAUCGAAAAAAGUUCCAAUAGAGGAGCUUUUCAAACUCAUAUUAGUGCAAUUGACAGAAGAAAAGGAUGAAGUGGAAGACAGGAAUGUCAUCGUUGGAAAAAUUCGGAAUCACCUAGGGGGGGAAAGAUACUUCCUGGUUCUUGAUGACGUGUGGGAUGAUGAUCAGGCAUUGUGGGAUGACUUUUUCACCACCUUGAAGGGGCUCAAUCCAACUAAUGGAAGCUGGUGUUUGGUCACUACUCGUCUAGGUCCAGUGGCACAUAGUGUGUCUAGAGUUUUGAUGAUGGAAAAUGAAUUAGUCUAUGCCUUAGGAAGGCUACCUGAUGAUCUUUGCUGGUCUAUCCUAAAAGAAAAAGUAGUUGGGGGGGGAGAAGUACCGUAUGAACUAGAGGCAAUUAAAGAGAGAGUAAUCAAAAGAUGUGAUGGUCUACCAUUGGCUGCAAGUGUGGAGACCAUUAUUGGUGCAAAUACUUAA